AAGCACCGCCCCGUUUGCGGAGUUGCGAAAUAUAGCGAACGGGCCAGAUUUUCACUUUCCGAAGGAAAUUGCAACACCGUUCUGCUCACAUUCGUCUUUGAGAACAGACCGUCCGCCGCCACUGCCGGGAGUGAACGGAACAAUGGCAGCUUGUUAUGUACAGCAAUGAGCCAAAUGUUGCCGAUACUCCUGGCGGCCGCUGCCUGUCUCCAUGGCAUCGUCGCGGUGAAAGCUGAUGUGUGUGUUUCCCCCCCCUCUGCAGAGCACUGUAAAGACUAUGAGACCCAGUUUGAUAGAGUCUUCACCGUUCCAGGAGAUGCUGCAGUGCUCAAUUGUACUCUGGCCAGCCCCGAUGUUUUUGACCUGAACAGCACCCCGUACAACAUCUCCUGGUAUGAGUGUAAAACUGGGAGGGAGCUCUCUGGCGAGGGGGGGCAGUUCCGGGUCAGGGAGACCUCGCUGUGGCUUCUGAACAGCACCCUGGAGGACGCGGGCCAGUAUGAGUGCAUUCUGAGAACUCCAAACGGCUGCUUUAAGCAAAAGUCAGUGCUGAGAGUGGACCCAGCCAAAGCAGGGGACUGCCGUCGACCACAUAUGGCUGUGCAGUCUCUGACCACGAUAGCGAACGGUUACCUUGUUUGCCCAUUAAACACCUACAUGAGCCUAGUGGACAGUUACUCCAUUCAGUGGUACAAGGGAUGUGAACCAGUUGUGGAAGGAGACAAGUUCUCACUCAUGAGAGAAAACAAACUUCUCCUACGACAUGUUGUUGCCAAUGAUACAGGACACUACACUUGCAGAAUGACGUUCAAUUUGACCGGGACCAUAGGACAUGCUGCUGAGACCAUCGUGUGCAACAUUAAGGACGACUGGAACAUACGGCCCAUUGUGUAUCAGCCAAUGAAUGAAACAGUCAAAGCAGAUUACGGAGGACAUUUCAAUAAAACUUGCCGGGUUUUUGUGCCAAGCAAGGGAAAACUCUGGGUGGAUGUCUACUGGGCCUCUGAGGAAGAUUUCAUUUCCAUGGACCCCUCAGACCGUGUUCAUCAGGUUCAGCUGAGCAAACAAAAAGUGAAUGAUGGGGUGUGGCUCGAAGUGUUAAUUAAUUUCACAAAAGUAAAGGAAGAGGAUUUUAACCAGACUUACACAUGUAUGGUCUUCAGCGAUAAAGGAGUUGUCACCAGCAUAUUCACUUUGCAGCCAUCGGAUCCAAACUUCAUGAUUCCUCUGGCACUUCUGUUUGUGGUUUUGGCGCUAACAUUUUUAACCAGUGUCACUGCGUACAAAAUAUUCAAGAUAGAUAUCGUUUUGUGGUGCAGAAGUUACCUUCCUUAUUUCUACACAAGUUCAGGGUCCGAUGGGAAGGCGUAUGAUGCGUAUGUGGUGUACCCCAGAAUGUGCUGGAAUGGACUCCACGGGUCUGCCGAGACAUUUGUCAUUCACACCCUGCCCCAGGUCCUGGAAAAGAAGUGCGGCUACAAGCUUUUCAUCUACAGCCGGGACAGCCUGCCCGGGGAAGCCGUAGUGGACAGUGUGCAAGAGAACAUCUGCAAGAGCCGCAGGCUCAUGCUGCUGUACACGGCCUCCACGUUCUCCGAGCUGGGCUCCCCGCUCCGCUUCGAGCAGGAGAUAGGCAUGCACGUCGCCCUGGUGGAAGGGACCCUCCAGGUCAUCCUGGUGGAGCUGGAGGAGGUCACGGACUACUCGCUCUUCCCCGAGUCUGUCCUCCACUUGAAGAGCAAGCAGGGGGCCCUGCAGUGGUGGAAGACGGCCCGCGAAACAACGGGCGGGCCUCAGAUUUGCCCGUCCUCCAGGUUCUGGAAACAAGUGCGGUACCGGAUGCCUGUGAAAAGCACCCCUGUAUCCUCUUUGCCAAAGCAUGGAUGUUGGAUGUUUAAUGGUCCCUGAUGGCACGAUGCAAGACCAUGUUUGGUAGGGCAUAGCAAUCAGUCUGCUGGCUUGAGGUGAGAGAGCAGACAGAGACUUCUCAGCUGAAGCGUUUGCUAAAAUAACACUUGAUGUCUCAACUGUUGUUGUUUUUUUAACCAGAAAUAUAAAAAUGGGCAUUCAACCUUACCCAGAAACCUCUCUGAAUCUUGAUUAAUUAAACUGAAUGGAGUUUACCAAUCGCAUAGUUUUCAAGAUGGGUUGGACUAGUUUACUAGAUGACUAUCGCACGCACCUGCUGGACUAUGGAACUUAUUCCACAAUGAAUGGCAAUGUGAUGAUUGUAUUUCUCUGUUGUGUCUGGCACACAACAGGCAUUCCACUCUCGAAGAAUCAUUAAAUAAAAUAUUGCUUCAUCCUU